UUAUUAAGAAACGCACAGGGAAGCCAGUCGCGCGCAUGCGGAAAGUUCUGAGGUACUGUGCGGCGCGCGCCUGACCCGCUCCACCGCUUCGCCUUCUGGAGUCGCGGAACCUUUCGGGCUGCUAUUUGUUCUUUCUUUUUAAAAAAAGCCAAAAAGUGAGUCGUGCUUCGCGCAUAUCAACUGGGAAGUUCUUGUUGAACUUAGCUGACGCCGGACUGGAAUGAACAGCGACUAAAAGCGCAGGUGUGUCAGAAUGGAUUGAAGCGCAGAGGACAUGAAAGGAAUCUUCUCUGGAAAGAUCUGCACGGCUUGAAAGAGCGAUCUGAGGACUGUCAGUCACCUCUUCCGCAUCUGAAGUGAAUCCCCGCUGUGUGCUGUCGAGCAGAAGUCUGGCCACAUUGGGCUGACCUGUUCCCAACUGGACAAGCAGCUGUGAGGAAGGGAAUGCUAAAUCUCUAGAAGCAGAGAGCCUGAAUGUGAAAAAAAAGAUACAGUGAUUCAGAUGCUUCUGAUCCAUCCAGUUCCAGGUCUAUGGAAAUGCAGGAUCUAGCCAGUCCACACAGUCGAGUAAGUGGAAGCAGUGAAUCUCCUAAUGGUCCAAAACUUGACAACUCGCAUAUCAAUAACAAUUCCAUGACACCAAAUGGCACAGAAGGUGAUAACAUCACAAUGCUUACCACUGCUGACUGGUUGUUAAGUUCUAGUACACAGACCACAGCAGUUAAAACAGAGCCAAUGAGUAGCAGCGAAAUCAUCACUUCUGCAGCAGACGGGUCUCUAGACAGUUUCUCAGGAACAGCUAUUGGAACCAGUGGCUUCAGCCCAAGACAAACUCACCAGUUCUCCCCACAGAUCUAUCCUUCCAACAGACCGUAUCCACAUAUUCUUCCUACCCCUUCAUCACAAACUAUGGCUGCAUAUGGGCAGACGCAGUACACCACAGGAAUGCAACCAACAACGGCUUAUACUACCUAUCCUCAGCCAGGGCAGCCUUAUGGAAUUCCAGCUUAUGGUACAUUGUGGGCAGGCAUCAAGACAGAAGGCGGACUGACUCAAACACAGUCUCCUGGACAGACAGGAUUUUUGAGCUAUGGUUCCAGCUUCACAACGCCUCAGACAGGACAGGCUCCCUACAGCUACCAGAUGCAAGGAAGCAGUUUUACAACAACUUCAGGACUUUAUGCAGGAAGCAAUUCUCUCACAAAUUCAACAGGAUUCAAUAGCUCACAACAGGAGUAUCCUUCUUACCCAGGAUUCAACCAAGGUCAAUAUGCACAAUAUUACAACAGCUCACCGUACACUUCCCCAUAUAUGACAAGUAACAACACCAGCCCCACAACCCCCUCCACCACUGCCACAUACCAGCUGCAAGAGCCCCCCACCGGCAUCACGAGCCAAGCGGUGACAGACCCCGCUUCAGGAGACUACAGUACAAUCCACAGUCCAUCAACUCCCAUUAAAGAUUCAGAUUCGGAUCGAUUGCGCCGGGCUUCAGAUGGAAAAUCACGUGGCCGAGGCAGAAGGAACAAUAACCCAUCGCCUCCACCGGACUCUGACCUUGAGCGCGUUUUCAUAUGGGAUUUGGAUGAAACAAUCAUCGUUUUCCAUUCCUUGCUCACUGGGUCUUACGCCAAUAGAUAUGGCAGGGACCCACCAACAUCAGUGUCACUAGGGCUUAGGAUGGAAGAAAUGAUCUUCAACUUGGCAGAUACGCAUCUAUUCUUCAAUGACUUGGAGGAGUGUGAUCAGGUCCACAUUGAUGACGUCUCUUCAGACGACAAUGGCCAGGACCUGAGCACGUACAACUUCGCCACAGACGGUUUCCACGCAGCCGCCACAAGCGCGAAUCUCUGCCUGGCGACUGGGGUACGAGGUGGAGUGGACUGGAUGAGAAAGCUCGCCUUCCGUUACAGACGAGUAAAAGAAAUUUACACCACUUACAAAAACAACGUUGGAGGUCUGCUCGGCCCAGCCAAAAGGGAAGCCUGGUUGCAAUUGCGAGCUGAAAUUGAAGCCCUGACAGACUCCUGGUUAACACUGGCACUGAAAGCGCUCACACUAAUUCACUCUAGGUCAAACUGUGUCAAUAUCUUAGUUACAACAACGCAACUCAUACCUGCUCUUGCAAAAGUCUUGCUUUAUGGACUGGGAAUAGUAUUUCCAAUAGAAAAUAUUUAUAGUGCAACAAAAAUAGGAAAAGAAAGUUGUUUUGAAAGGAUAAUCCAGAGGUUUGGAAGGAAAGUAGUAUAUGUUGUCGUGGGAGAUGGAGUGGAAGAGGAGCAGGGAUCUAAAAAGCACAACAUGCCUUUCUGGAGAAUCUCCAGUCACUCCGACCUCAUGGCCCUCCAUCACGCUUUGGAACUGGAAUAUUUGUAGCACUGCGGCGGCUGUCUGGAACCUCAGAGCCUCAUCCCACGCCUGUCCACAGACCUCAUAACAAAACUCCUGUGUCUUGUGUCUGCAUCCCACUUAAAACUGAGCAACACGCCCAGAGUGCUGACAUACGGCCACAAUUUGUCUUAACCUUUCACCUUCUUCUAAAUUGAGGAGAAUUAAUUUAUGGCAGUGCAGCUGCCGGGGCCGGGUACUGUGAAUUGGCUCAUUUCAAAAGCCAUCAAAAUGUUUUACAGCCCUGUCUGUAUUCCGCCUCAGCAAAGGGUUCACACCUGUGAAAGAAUCAGAGCUACCGACGCCUUCCUAAGUGAGACUUCAAAUCGCACACUGCCUUGGCAGGCUCUGGCUCCCUCUCUCUCACAGCUAAACGGGACAAAGACUGUGGAGUACAUCUGCUUAUGGAGAAGCUCUCCUUUCGAUCACUAUCGCCCUGGGUAUUUCCGUGCUUCUUAUUUAUGAACUGAGAAUUUGUGAUCUGCAAAGUCCAAUGAAGGUGCAACUACACAGACUGGUGCCUUUCGACAGUACAGUACAAAGCACAUUUAGUUCCGUCGCAUCCAGAAGUACACUAUAAAAAAGGGUUUCUAGUAAUUUAAGAGAAGAAUAAUGAAAAAAUAACUUUACAUCGCUGAGACAAUCUUGUACAGAGGAGAUCUUUUUGUGUGUGUGUAAAUUUGUAGUCACUGGACUAUUCCUAUUCAGUUUCUUUAGGUACAAACUAUUGGAAGGCAGAAAUGCCCUUGUAAUUGAAGUAUAAAAGGCUUUGGAUGCACAUCCAUUUGUGCUGUGCCUUAAAGUGUUGAUGCAUUUGAGUUUUUGUUCAUUAUAAAUAUGUAGAUAAUGAAAUUUGUGAUAACUUGUUUUGUCAAAACCAAAAGCAUGGAUGUCACGUGUCAAUGAUUAUUUUUUUCAAACUCUUGUGCUUUUUCUCUACCUAAGGUCACUGUUUUUCUGUUACAGUCAGUGAUGGCCUUGAAUUUCCACAUUAAAAAUCAUGAAAAUAUGGAAAUAAAAUAGAACAAAUGGCUAUUCUUAAAAAUCGUACUGUUGAAGUCUGACUUUCUGUUAAUGGUGUCCUUAGUAUGUUUUGUUCUGGCAAAACUUUAAAGAUUGAAUGAAUAAACAUAGCUGAGUAAAUUAAUGUAUACAAUAUUGAAAGAUAAAAUAUAUUUCUGAAAAUUAAAACAAUACAAUAAAGCUGUUUUUGCAGAUGAUAGUGAAACUACUUGAACACAUUGGGGUUAUAGCCCCCUGACACACACAAACACACACCCUUUUCAUUCACAAAUUAAACAACACAGAGGGAGUAAUAUAUGCAUACAAAGUGAGAGAGAAAUCGUAUAUACAAUAUCUAGUCUUUUGUAUAAAAAGCAAUUUAAACGAAAGUAAAAGAUAUUGUGAUUUUUAACUAUAUCCAUGUCCAUCUUAAUAUGCGGUAUAUGUUUAUUAAAUAAAUAUGUUGUUAAUAUUAUUAACAUAAUUAUUGAAUGAUGUUUCAUACGUAUUUGGCCUUGAAAGGACCACUAUUUGUAAACAGUAAAACUUGGAACAUACAAUACAAUACAUGUCCUAUGAACUGUGAAUUUCAUGCCCUGGAACUUACUGAACCUUUAGAUUAUUUCUUAUUUCCCCUCAAUAUGAUCACUGUAGAAGAAGCUCAUUUCUGUUGUUUGUUACCUUUCAGUCUUGUACCUGAUCUUUUUUGCACCAACUUUUCUUCACUUUUGCAAAUUUGCUUAUUUUAUUUAAAAAGCAUCUCCCCUUUAUAAUGGGGGUUACAUAUUGCUGCUAGAUUGAGGUAACAGUAGACAUUUCAGUGUUUUUUUUUAGAAACAAACGGCAAGCUUUUUUUUAUAUUUCAAUCAUGACGCAGACUGGAAAUCAACAUUACCUGGGCCUCACUGUUAAAACAAAAAGUUUGUUGUGUCUGCAAAAGAUGUGUACAGAUUUUUUUGGCAUUAAUUUGUGUUUAAAUUAAUAAAAUUGAUUUGUGAACUGUUAA